AUGACAGUUCUUGAAAAUGCAAAUGCAGGAGAUUUUGACAAUGCAGUCAAGUGUAAUAUUUUAAAAUCUAUGAUGGGUGGAAAAUAUGUUCCAGUACUAGCAAAUAAUAAUCUUGAAAGCAAAAUACUAAUAGAAGACAAUACUUAUGAAGCUAAAGUUUGGCCACUAUUAUUAGGAGUGACAGACAAUAACGUGCAAGUUAUAGAAUUUCUUAAAAGCCACUUAACAGGUGAUUUUUACACUUGGAUGAGAAUAGCUAAUACAGCAGACAUUAAUGCAUUUUUCACUGAACUAAAAAACAUGUGGCUGGAGCAUGCACCAAAUUUGAAUGGUCAAGUUUCUCAACAAUCUUCCUAUAACACCAAAAUAAUAGAAGCUCCUAUAAUUCUGCAAUCAGUAUUUCCUAUACCUGAUAUACAAAAAAUGAUUGAUGAGGCAUUAGCGAAACAAAAAUCCAAUUAUGAUGCUGAGAUAAAAAAAUUGAGAAAGGAAGUUCAAUUAUCAAAAGUACAGAAAACACAGAUACCAGUUCCACAAACCAUUGAACCAGUUAGACAACCAAGAGCCCCUCCAUCAAAUUUAAUUACAAAAGAAGAUUAUGAAACUUAUUAUUUAGGUAAAUACUUAAAUAAUUUAGGUAUAUAUAGUAAAGAAAAUUUAGAUUCAAAUUAUUCUAAAAAACCUUUUCAAAGAUCUCAUCCACAGCAAAAAGAUAACUCUACGAGAUUAGAGAAGAAAGUAGAUAAAAUUGGGCAUAUGUUAUCUCAUCUUAAUAUAAACAAUCAACCCAAAAAACCAAUAGCCAAAUCAAAUCGAACACAACAAUAUUAUCCUUUUCAACCAAUAAAUUAUAACUUUUUAGCUAAUAAUGAAAAUAUACCAGUAAAUAAAAACUUACCUGGUAACUCUGCUAAUCCUUCUUCUGAUCUAGCAACUAUCCACCCCAAAACAUAUGAUCAGUUAUUGUCUAAGCUUUUACCAGCAAUGCAAAAAAUGUGUCAGUCUCAUACAGUUCAGAAAAAAGAAUCAGAUGAGUGGUUUUCAUCUCUACAAUACCUAAAUGCUAGUAUAAACGAUUUAUCUAUUUCUAAAUCAUUUUUAGAUAAUGGAAGUAACUACAAACAUAUCACUGAAUCGUUGGAAUGGUUUACAGAUGUGCCAGUCAGUAUAAAAGAUAAGGAUGAUAAAACUGUUACAGCUACUGGAAAUUUUACACGUAUUGAUAAUGAUGAACCUGAACCAAUGUUAUGUUUAGGUAUGACAUGGAUUCGAAAAGUUCAAGGUAUUCUUGAUCCGAAUAAAAACCAAUUCCGAAUGAAAUUACAUGGUAGGUCUUUUAUUAUUCCAACUUUUAGCAAGACUCCAGAAGUCUCACAAAUCAUGAUAACUGAAGAAUGGCUUGAUAUAGCUUUAAAAGCAGAUAAAGUUCUUGCUGAAAGAUGUUCUCAGCUUACUGAGACAAAGAUAAAAGCAUAG